UUUCCUGCGCCGAGUCCGCUGCGGAGGGGCCCGGCCGCGCCCAGACGACCCCUGUCAGACCCCAGACGGAGCAGAGGCGACCCAGCGCCCCCCCGGGAGAGGCAGCACCGCCGCGCCCCUGCCCACCCUGCCCGAUCAGGCGCGCAGAAAAGUUUUCGUUUGCGGUGUGCCACCUCCAGAGAGCUAUCAAGGUUAGGCGCUGGCGCCCUGUGCGUGCAAACCUAACAGUGUUGACGUCUGACGUGCUGUGUGUAGCUCCUGCUUGGGUUGAAACCCCAGCCCUUCGCUGGGGCACAAGGUGACAGGAUGUCCCAGUGGUAUGAGCUUCAGCAGCUUGACUCCAAGUUCCUGGAGCAGGUUCACCAGCUCUAUGAUGACAGCUUCCCCAUGGAAAUCAGACAGUACCUGGCACAGUGGCUAGAAAAGCAAGACUGGGAGCAUGCUGCCAAUGAUGUUUCAUUUGCCACCAUCCGUUUUCACGACCUCCUAUCGCAGCUGGAUGAUCAAUACAGUCGCUUUUCUUUGGAGAAUAAUUUUUUGUUGCAGCAUAACAUAAGGAAAAGCAAGCGUAAUCUUCAGGAUAAUUUUCAGGAAGACCCAAUACAGAUGUCUAUGAUCAUCUGUAGUUGUCUGAAGGAGGAAAGGAAAAUCCUGGAAAAUGCUCAGAGAUUCAAACAGGCUCAGUCGGGGAAUAUUCAGAGCACUGUGAUGUUAGACAAACAGAAGGAACUUGACAGCAAAGUCAGAAAUGUGAAGGACAAGGUUAUGUGUAUAGAGCAUGAAAUCAAGACCCUUGAAGAUUUACAAGAUGAAUAUGACUUUAAAUGCAAAACCUUGCAGAAUAGAGAGCAUGACACCAAUGGUGUGGCGAAGAAUGAUCAGAAACAAGAACAGAUGUUACUCCAGAAGAUGUAUUUAAUGCUUGACAAUAAGAGAAAGGAGGUAGUUCACAAAAUAAUAGAGUUGUUGAAUGUCACUGAACUCACCCAGAAAGCCCUGAUUAACGAUGAGCUGGUGGAGUGGAAGCGGAGACAGCAGAGUGCCUGUAUUGGGGGACCCCCCAACGCGUGCCUCGAUCAGCUGCAGAACUGGUUCACCAUAGUGGCGGAGAGUCUGCAGCAGGUUCGUCAGCAGCUUAAGAAGCUUGAGGAACUGGAGCAGAAAUACACCUACGAACACGACCCGAUCACGAAAAACAAGCAAGGGCUGUGGGACCGCACCUUCAGCCUCUUCCAGCAGCUCAUUCAGAACUCGUUUGUGGUGGAAAGGCAGCCUUGCAUGCCAACACAUCCUCAGAGGCCAUUGGUCUUGAAGACUGGGGUCCAGUUCACCGUGAAGUUGAGACUGUUGGUGAAAUUGCAAGAGCUGAAUUAUAAUCUGAAAGUCAAAGUCUUAUUUGAUAAAGAUGUGAAUGAGAGAAAUACAGUAAAAGGAUUUAGAAAGUUCAACAUUUUGGGCACACAUACGAAAGUGAUGAACAUGGAGGAAUCCACCAAUGGAAGUCUGGCAGCAGAAUUCCGACACUUGCAACUGAAAGAACAGAAAAACGCGGGCACCAGAACUAACGAGGGCCCUCUCAUCGUUACCGAAGAGCUUCACUCCCUUAGUUUUGAAACCCAGUUGUGUCAGCCUGGCUUGGUCAUUGACCUUGAGACGACCUCUCUGCCCGUCGUGGUGAUCUCCAACGUCAGCCAGCUCCCGAGUGGCUGGGCCUCCAUCCUGUGGUACAACAUGCUGGUGGCAGAGCCCAGGAAUCUGUCCUUCUUCCUGAACCCCCCUUGUGCACGAUGGUCUCAGCUUUCAGAGGUGCUGAGCUGGCAGUUUUCUUCUGUCACCAAAAGAGGUCUCAAUGUGGACCAGCUGAACAUGCUGGGAGAGAAACUUCUUGGUCCUAAUGCUGGCCCCGAUGGUCUCAUUCCGUGGACAAGGUUCUGUAAGGAAAAUAUAAAUGAUAAAAAUUUUCCUUUCUGGCUUUGGAUUGAAAGCAUCCUUGAACUCAUCAAGAAACACCUGCUCUCUCUCUGGAAUGAUGGGUGUAUCGUGGGUUUCAUCAGCAAGGAGCGAGAGCGCGCUCUGCUCAAGGACCAGCAGCCGGGGACCUUCCUGCUGCGCUUCAGCGAGAGCUGCCGGGAAGGGGCCAUCACGUUCACGUGGGUGGAGCGGUCCCAGAACGGAGGCGAACCUUACUUCCAUGCAGUUGAACCCUACACGAAGAAAGAACUUUCUGCUGUUACUUUUCCUGAUAUUAUUCGCAAUUACAAAGUCAUGGCUGCUGAAAAUAUUCCAGAGAAUCCCCUGAAGUAUCUGUAUCCAAAUAUUGAUAAAGACCAUGCCUUCGGAAAGUAUUACUCCAGGCCAAAGGAAGCACCAGAACCAAUGGAACUUGAUGGCCCUAAAGGAACUGGAUACAUCAAGACUGAAUUGAUUUCUGUGUCUGAAGUUCACCCUUCUCGACUUCAGACCACAGAAAACCUUCUCCCCAUGUCUCCGGAGGAGUUUGACGAGGUGUCUUGGAUGGUGGGCCCUGUGGAAUUUGACAUGAUGAACGCAGUAUAGAGCAUGAAUUUUACUCAUCUUCUCUGGCGACAUUUUUCCUUCCCAUCUGUGAUUCCCUCCUGCUACUCUGUUCCUUCACGUCCUGUGUUUCUAGGGAAAUGAAAGAAAGGCUGACAGAUUUGCUGCAACCUGUUAAUAGCAAGUGGAUUUUUCCCUAAUUCAGAAACAUCUGUUACUCUGAAGGGCUUCAUGCAUCUUAUUAAAGGUAAAAUUGAAAGCCCCUCUCCACAGAUGGGUUUUACCAAUGAAAAACAUCCAGAUACACCCAAAACAUCAGGACUAGAAUGAGAGUCCCUUGGGAAAGGUGAGAAGUUUAGCAACAUCUGGCAAAUGCUAUGCAUACAGUCAGUGCCCAACUGUUAUAGGUUGUUGGAUAGAUCACAUGGUUAUUUAGGGGACUUCUUGAUGUAGGAUUGGCAAAUUUCUAGUCUGGAUAAUUCUUAUUUGUUCUCUCUGCUUUAAAUAUGGCUGGAAGUUUUCCAUUGGUUUACCUAUGUGAAAUAGUUCAAAGCUAAAUUUAUUUAGAAUUACAUCAACUCUUUUUCAAAGGUAGCCAUCUUGUAUCUGGGCAGGGGAUAAACGUUGUGUUCUUUAUUUUAUUAUAUCUUCCACACUGGCCAUUUAAAGCUAAAGGCAAAUUCUCUCUUUUGAGAGAAUUAGCUUUUCUGUUUGUUAUGGGUUUACGAUACUGGCUAAUAUGAAUAGAAGAAAGUACAUUUUCCAAAUUUAUGAGUAGUGUUUUCUGUUUAAACUUUAAUAUCCACAGCUGAAUAUAUUCUGCCUUCAUCAUGGUAACUAGUAAUGAAAUUGCCUUCACAGUUCUCUCAAGGGAGCCAGGCUAUUAACAACAGCUCUCUGAGGCAAAUCUUGUUACUUUCAAAACGUUGAAAUUAAUCAUAGACGUAGACAAACUCAGAAAUUUAAUUUAUGUUUCUUAAAUGGGGUAAUUUGUUCUUUAUUGUUAUUAGCUGGUAUUUAGUCUAUUAGUCAUAAACUUUUCAAAUUGAGAGGAAAAAAUAGUAACUGACAAAUCAUUAACCAGAGAUAAUAUGAGAAUCAAUAAUUUGAAAGCUUGUCUGUGUAACUGCAUUGAGAAUUGCAUAUUUUUCACUGAUAAGUGUGUUUCUCUGACAAAUACAUUUGCAAAUAGUUCCAUUA